UUAUCACUGCCGGACAUUUUCCGUUUGGUCUCAGCACAGCUGCUGUGAUCUUCGUUUUUCACACGGCACCGUCCCGUGUGGCGCAAACAGGUGCCUGUGUGUUGAAUAUCCGUUUUAAUCUGUACUCGAAGUCAACUAAUUCAAAGUGUGACAUGCCUCAGUUUGAGGAUAUAUUGCUGGAAGUUGGUCAGAUCGGAUGGUACCAAUUUGCGAUAGUAUUCAUCAUAUCACUAGGAUGGGAGUUCGUCGGGGCAUUUUCCAUGUUAGCCCUAGUCUUCGUCGGAGCUCACCCGGGUUGGAAGUGUAUAAAUCAGUAUGGGAACCAGACUUUGAAUGAUAGCUUGACUGUGUAUAAUGUAACAGAGAUAAUUUCUGUACCAUUGCUAUACAACAUCAGUAACCAAGGGGAGGAUGUGGUGGAAACAAGCAAGUGCAUGGAGGGGGGUCUUCCCUGUCCUGGCCAUACCUUCAACACUGGGUUUACAUCCAUUGUAACAGAGUGGGAUUUAAUCUGCAACCGAGACUUUAUCAGUGACACUAUAUCGUCCCUCCAGAUGGCAGGAGUACUGAUAGGUUGCCUGGUGUUUGGACAGCUGGGGGACGCUUUCGGUCGAAAGAAGGUGUACUUUUUUGCCUUGUUGUUCACCAGCAUAGUAGGAGCAGCACAAGCUUUUACUAAUGACUGGAUACAGUUUGCUAUACUACGCUUCCUUAGUGGAACGGGGAUUGGAGGUUGUAUUGUUGUCGGCUACAUUUGGAGUGUUGAAUUCCUCGGUCCUAAGUAUCGCCCCGUUAUCAAUGGGUUAGGGCUGUGGCCACUAGGGUUGCUGGUACUUCUACUAUUUGGCUACUUCAUCCGAGAAUGGCGUACACUUCUGCUGAGCACUUCUUUGCCAGGGCUGUCAAUCAUCACCGCUUGGUGGUUUCUUCCGGAGAGUCCAAGGUGGCUGCUGUCGCAGGGUCGAUAUGACGAGGUUGUCACUAUUGCCAAAAGAAUAGCGAAAAGCAACAAAAAGCCUUUGCCAGAUAUGGAUGCUUUUGUGCAACAGUGUGAAGAAGAAAUGCAUUUAGCACAACGCAGUAGACGGUACGGAUUUUGGGAUCUCUUCCGGACCCCGACUCUCACAAGAACUACAACUAUGAUCAUGUUUAUUUGGUUUACAAACAGUCUUUUUAGCUACGGUGUAUUAUUCAAUUUGAAAAACUUGCCAGGCAACAAGUAUGUUAACCUUGCCAUCAACUUCAGUCUGUCCUACUUAGCUGCUGUUCUGAUGCCCGUAUUAACUAGAUGGAUUGGUCGAAGUAGAAUAGCGAAUGUCUGUCUGCUUUCAGCGGCAGUUUUACUGAUUCCUCUCAUUGUCCUGGUAGCUAUUGGGCGGUAUACGGAGUUGUGGGUGGUAGUCUCAGUGAUAUCUAAUAUAUCACACACCAGUAUACUAAUAGGUUGGCAUGCCAUGUAUAUUCUCACCUCGGAAUGCUACCCGACGCCGAUAAGGAAUCAGGGUCUAGGGUUUGCCUCCAUGUCAGCUCGAAUAGGUGGUAUCAUUGCUCCUCAGAUGGCGUACGCGACCAAGUUCUGGAAGGGGUCACCUUACGUCAUCAGCGGCUGUUUUGCCUUUGCAGCAGGUUUGGUUACAUGUUUCUUGCCUGAAACAAGACAGAAAGCGCUAGAAGAUGGCGUGCCGCCGAGAUCUUGGUGUUUCUGUAUGGCCAAAAGGAAAAAGAGAUCUUACGACCAGGCUAAGAACACUGACGUUCCUUUACAUGAACUUAUGUUGCAAAAAGACGAAGGGGCACGUUUCACGGAUAAAAUAUAAUAUCAAUAUGCCAAGACGUCUGCAAUAACAGUGGUUUUGCUAAAUAAAAACUAAAGCAAAUAUGUAAAACGUUUGCACAACUAUCUAUUCCAUAGAUACCUUAAAAAGAGCUAUUCUAAUUUACAUGUACGUAGGUAAAAUAAGUUAUAGAACUUACAGCAAAGUUGCCCUGAUAAAAAAGCCGAUUAACUGUGGCAGUACAAGUCCAAUAUUUA